GGGCUUUGAAGAAUAAAUCUACGCGGUUCGGCCAAUGAAAUAAAAUCACCCGCGGCGUCAUCCUCCAGGUAAUCAUCUUACGGGACGAGAAGGCAAAAAAACAAAUAUCUAAAAUAAAAAUAAAAAUAAAAUGAGAAACUUGGAACAGAAAGGAUCGGUGCAGGAUUCGGUGCCAGCCCAUUCAUCCCAUCGAUUCAUCCAUCCAUCCAUCCAUCCAUCCAUCCAUCCAUCCAUCCAUCAGCAUCAUCCCCCGUCCAUCAUCGUCCAUCAUCAGCAGGUGAGGACGGCGAUGGGUGUGUCUGGGCUGGGUGGGGAACACAGAGCAGCAGGCAAAGAAGGGGGGGGAAAGGAAACCGGCCAAGGAAGCCAACAGAAGGGAGCGGAUGGGCCGCGCCUAUUGGGCGCGGAAUAGAGUCAGCAACCCAGCCUGCAGUGGCUUGGCUAGCGUACCGUUGUGCCGGGACGGGUUUACGAAUAGGAUCGAGGCUCUAACGCUGUCUAGCUCUUAUGGUCUCAGAUUGCGCAGGGCCAUUGCUGAAGGACAGGCGACCUGAC